AUGUGUUCAUGCCUUUUUAUUACUAGAGCAGGAAACCAAGCUGAUCCAACAGAUGACCCAGUAGCUAAACCUAGAGACAGACGCACAAAAGCUCAGAUUGCAAGUGACUGUAAGAAGAAACAUGAUAUUGAACCCGGAACCGGAUUGAAACCAAAACAAAUUUGCCAGUCCAAAGCAAAAGUUCCCAUCCAAACAACUGAAACCUCCAAAAAAGUUCCUGUCAAGGCUUCCACGUCAGCACAACCCAAAAAUCCUCAAACAAACUCCAACAUUACCAAUCAACCUACUGAACUAGAACAAGUCACCUCAAACAAGUGCCCAAGGUUUGAUUCAAGUACUCUUGCUUUUGUAAUUGAUUAUAUGAGCACGGAAUCAAAUCAAGAUAAGCUCAGUGGUUCAGGUUCAAAAACCAAAGUUGGUGCAAUGAGUUGUGGCGCCGAGUGGAAUCUCUUUGCCACUCAUGUCAAAAUCUAUUACAAUGAUUGA